AUGUGUGGCAUCUUCGCUUACUUGAACUAUGAGUGUCCAAAGCAGCGCUCCGAAAUCCUCGAGAUACUUUUUAACGGCCUAAGAAGGCUCGAGUACCGAGGCUAUGAUUCCGCUGGAAUCAGCGUUGACGCCGAUACUGACGCAGAAGCGGUGAUUACUGCGCUAGCAGAGAUUGACGAAACCGAAGCGUCUGCGAAAUCGCUUGCGGACAUCACGAAUGUUACUCCAUCAGAACGUAAAGGCGCUGAACCACUGGUAUUCCGACAGAAGGGGAAGAUCGCCAACCUCGUAAAGAAAGUUCGCCAGGACGCUGCGGAUUCGAAACUGGAUAUGAGCCGCGCGUUCCCCCGUCACGUCGGCAUUGCGCACACGCGGUGGGCCACUCACGGCGCGCCGUCCCCGCGCAACUCGCAUCCUCAGUCGUCCGGUCCGAGCCACGACUUUCUGGUGGUGCACAACGGGAUUAUCACCAACUACAAGGCGCUGAAGGGCACCCUCCAGAAGCACGGCUUUACGUUCGAGUCAGAGACAGACACCGAGGUGAUCCCGAAGCUCGCCAAAUUCGUGUACGACAAUCUGCUGCAGUCGGAAGGGGGGCAUGGCGGCGAGGGCAUGGCGAAUGGCGUCUCGAGCAUGGCCAAUGGCGUGUCGGGCAAGACAGUCAACGGUGCCACAGGUGGGGAGCGGGUGGCGUUCACGCAGGUGGUAAUGGAGGUGAUGCGGCAGCUGGAGGGCGCCUACGCGCUGCUCUUCAAGAGCCCGCACUUCCCCAACCAGCUCGUCGCCUGCAAGCGCGGCAGCCCGCUCCUCCUGGGCGUCAAAGUCCCCUCCGACGGCCGCAAAUCCGCGUUUGAUAUAGUGGGCGCGGAGGAACCGGGAGGGGUGGUGAGAGGUGGAGCCGUGCCGACUGGGCCGAGAGAGUUGUUCCUAGCGAGCGAUGCGAGCGCGGUGGUAGAGCAUACGAAGAAAGUGAUGGUUAUAGAGGAUAACGAAGUGGUGCAUAUCAGGGACGGGGUCGUUUCUCUGUUUUCGUUCGAGCCGGAUAAGGCCAAGCGCGGUUUACCCCCCACGACGGCGCUGCAGCGGGCGCUCUCGACGCUAGAGAUGGAGGUGGAGCAGAUCAUGAAGGGGAGUUAUGAUCAUUUCAUGCAGAAGGAGAUUCACGAGCAGCCUGAGUCGCUCACCAUGACGCUGAGGGGAAGGCUGAUUCACGGCAAGGCGGAUUCGCUGUCUCCUACUGCCCGCGUAGGCUCCUCAGCGCCUUGGUCAGAGGAAAAAGGGGUGCUACUAGGCGGUCUCAAGGACCAUCUCCUCACCAUCCGCCGCAGCAGGCGCAUCAUUUUCGUCGGCUGCGGCACCAGUUACCACGCAGCCCUCGCCGUGCGUCCUCUGCUAGAAGAGCUUUCCGGGGUGGCGGUUCAGCUGGAGCUGGCGAGCGAUAUGUUGGACAGAAACGCGCCGGUGUAUAGGGAGGAUACGGCGGUGUUUAUGAGCCAGUCGGGGGAGACGGCGGACACGCUGUCGGCGCUGGAGUAUGCGCGGGCGAGGGGGGCGCUGUGUGUGGGCGUGACUAACACGGUGGGGAGUGCUAUUGCCAGGCGGACACACUGCGGCGUGUUCAUCAACGCGGGGGCUGAAAUCGGCGUUGCCAGCACCAAGGGGGCGUUGGAGUAUGCGCGGGCGAGGGGGGCGCUGUGUGUGGGCGUGACUAACACGGUGGGGAGUGCUAUUGCCUGGCGGACACACUGCGGCGUGUUCAUCAACGCGGGGGCUGAAAUCGGCGUUGCCAGCACCAAGGCAUACACGAGUCAGAUUGCGGUGCUGGUGCUGAUGGCUCUUGCGAUUGGGGAGGACAGCAUUUCCACGAAAGAGCAAAGAGAGCGGAUCAUAGACAGCCUCGUCGACCUGCCCAGGAAAGUGCGGCAGGUGCUGAGGCUAGACUCUGAGAUCCAGCAGCUAGCCCGGGAGCUAUCAGGCGAGCAGAGCCUGCUGGUGUUUGGGCGCGGGUACAACUAUGCGACGGCGGUGGAGGGGGCGCUGAAGGUGAAGGAGGUGGCGCUGAUGCACAGCGAGGGCAUUCUGGCCGGCGAGAUGAAGCACGGCCCCCUCGCCCUCGUUGACGCCACCCUGCCUAUCAUCGUUGUUGCUACUCGUGAUAGCACGUGCAGCAAGCAGCAGUCAGUCAUCCAACAGUUGCAGGCCCGCAGCGGCCGAUUAAUGCCGUCGUUUAAGAACGAGUGGGUGACGAAGAGCACAUGUGGCGACGCGAGGGAGAGGAUUCUCGAGGCAGCGAGCGAAGUCGACCCUGAUGUGAUUGUUCUGGGAAGCCAUGGGCACGGCGCUAUAACGAGGGUCCUACUGGGGAGCGUGAGCGACCACGUGGCACACGCUGCUAAUUGUGCGGUCAUGAUCGUCCCAACCCGCCGCCAAUCAAUUCCAUCAACUGUAGCUUCUGCCAUCCCUGGAAUGGAUGCACUAUCCAAAGUCGUCAACUCGGCUCACUAG